AUGGUUUACGCGAAAAGCGACGGUUUGCGGUCACCGUGGGGCCCGGUGGCGUCGCGUGAGCCGCGGACCAUCGGCACGGGAGGACGACGAGGAGCCGAAGAGGUCAGGCAUGUGCGAGAAACCAACGAGAGCGAAGCAGCCAGCGAUCUAGUCGACUCUCAUUGGCUGGAGAACAACCGUCAAUCGCCAAUCCCAAUUCAAUCCGAUUUGGCAAUUGCUAAGCCCAUUGGCCCAUUCAGUGUAAUCGGCGUGUCGCGCCAAGACCCCGGUCUGAGCUCGUCGUGGAAUUCUUCCGUCGAAAGUACCAGCGAAAUCAAGCCGAUUCCGUCUGAAACGGAAGAGGGGCCAAUUUUCGUACGAGAAAAACGGGCAUCCGGGGACUAUUGGAAAGAGACAAGCAUUUUCACUAGUGCAAGAUACAGAAUUGACCACCUGUUGACGAUCACGUAUUUAUCGGAUCGUUCUUAUGUUACAGAGAUCGCGAAGGUGCGGGCGAGCCUUUUUCAAAUCAGCGGAGUGAAGAAAGAGCCGCUCGUCUUGCCGGAGCCCGAGGGCGACAUCACGACGCUCACGGAGAAGGUCUAUGUGCCCGUUAAGGAACACCCAGAUUUCAACUUUGUCGGGAGGAUUUUGGGACCGCGCGGUAUGACCGCGAAGCAACUGGAGCAGGAGACAGGAUGCAAAAUCAUGGUGCGCGGGAAGGGAUCGAUGAGGGACAAGAAAAAGGAGGAGCAGAAUCGGGGCAAGCCGAAUUGGGAGCACCUGACGGACGAGCUGCACGUGCUGCUCACUGUCGAGGACACCGAGAACCGUGCCACGUUGAAGCUCGCCCGUGCGGUCGAGGAAGUCAAGAAGCUACUUGUGCCCGUGCAGGCUGACGGCGAGGAUGAGCUAAAGAAGAGGCAGCUAAUGGAACUCGCCAUUAUCAAUGGGACUUACCGGGAUUCGAACACAAAGGUUGCCGCCGCGGCAGCCUGCGACGAGGAGUGGCGGCGGGUGGCCGCCGCCGCGGCGGAGACGCAGCGCCUGCUGCCUGGCCUGGCGACGCCGAUGCGGACCCCGAGCGCGCCCCUGGGCGCGCCCCUGAUCCUGUCGCCGCGGAUAUCGGUGCCGACGACCGCCGCGUCCCUGCUGAACGGCUCCGGGCCGCCCGGCUCGCUCCUGUCGGCCGGCGACCCUCACGGGCUCAUCUACACGCCGUACGCGGACUACGCCAACUACGCCGCCCUGGCUGCCUCACCCUUGCUCACCGAGUACGCCACUGCUGACCAUUCUGGCGCAGCGGCGGCCGCCGCCAAGCAGCGUAGGCACCUGGGUCAGAUCCGCGAGCACCCUUAUCAAAGGGCCGGCGCUCUCUCGUGAACACACAGAGACGAUGCGAGUACACAGAGAGAGCGAGAGAGAGAGAGAGAGAGAAAAAAAAAGCGAGAGAGAGAGAAAGAGACAAAGAGCGAAAAAGAGAGAGACACAGAGCACUGUUCCCCGCGGAAAGGCUUGGAGUGCUAACAAUGGAUAUCCACUCGCCCCGUGCUAACACCUGGACUCUGGAACAGCAUCCCGCGUUCGAUCGGUUCACCAACCAGCCGACCACCUUCGCCGUCCGUCCGCGUCACCAGCCCCGUUCGUCAAGCUUAUCCAUCAUCCUGUAUCCUCUUAAUGUUCGGAAACGUUAGGUUUCUUUCGCGCGUCUCGGCGAUCGACGGAGUCGUCGCCGAUUGGGAAUCCGAGCCACUUCGCGCCGUCGUAGCCGGCGGCGCAAAUUUAUCGUCUCACCUCGCAAGGAACGGUAGCGUUGCGAGGUGCAUUAUAGCAUAUAAAUAUACAUACGGAAAGAUUGGGGAUUGCUAUAUAUAUAUUCUUUAUAUAUUAUAUAUUUACGUGUAAAUGUAUAUUAUAUACAUUUUGUAUAGGAAAUCCCCGCGGGACUUUUUUUGCGAGUAAACGCGGGACUAUUACAGACUUGUCUUGGACGCGAGUCGGGUAUGCGCAAUUCGAGCUCGGCGCAACGUUAGCGGUAGUAGCAAUAGUAGUUUUUCGUAGUACGGAUUUUAGUUUACCGAAUAUUUUUACUCCCCCCCGCAGGGGAUGGGGGAUUUUGUUGUAGCACUCGUAUCGUCGAUGUCUCCGAAAAAAAAAAAGUAUUUUAUUUUCUCUCUCUUCUCGCGGCGGCGAUGAAAUUGUUGUUCGCGUUUUUCCCAGUACUUACGACUACGCUGGCACCUCCCCGUCUCUGGAGGUGGCAGCGCGAGAAUGUGACAACAUUAACUUAAACGCAAUUGAUAUAUAUUUACGCGCAUUUUUAGAGCUAACUGCUGGAGAAGAAAGGUGUCGCGCGAAAAAGAAAACACAGACAAGAAGAUUCGCGAGAGAACUCGCGAAGCUCUUCGAAGACCCCGUCGAGAGAAAUCGUUGCCAAUGUGUCUUCCUUUUUUUUCUCGCGCGACCCACCUCUCACGUUGGAGAAAACUAUCAAAAUUCUGUACAACUCUCUCACAUAAAUGUGCCUUAUUGUAAUAUUAAUAACGUAGUGCGGUGUAGCCGCGUUACCGUUCUAGAUAAAGCUUCGUUAUCGAUAGGCUCUAUGUAAUAGCGUUAGAAUCUGUGCAAUCAAAAUUUAACUUUCUCACAUGUAUAUCCUUCGAAGAAGAAGGACGCAAUUGGAUCACUCUCUGACAGUCUUUCUCGUUACGUUGCGAGGAGGACUGUUGGGGACACCCGUAGCCUAGAAUCACGAAUAUCCCCCAAGAGAAGACUCUAAAAGUCGUACGCUGAUGCUUGAUGUUGACGUACGUCGUAUGCUGAUGCAUGAGAACUACAUGUAUAUAUUGUUUCAGCUAAAAGUAUCAAGUCUAAAAUUCUACUAUUCGCAGAGAAUCGUAGAAUUUUAGGAUGUCAAUGUGCAAUAAUACGUUGACGAGAGAAAUGUGGCAGGGCGUCCAAGGUGGCAGACGCGUUGUCAAGACUCGUGGAAUAAAUUGCAGAUUUUAAUUUUAUGAAGAACUUACAACUUGCAGGAUUGUCGAGUAGAUACGUAUAUACAGUUGCACAAAUAUCGAUAUGACAUAUCGAUAUUAACCGGCGAAUCGACAAAAACAAAAAAAACGGUAGAAGCAUCGAGAUCUAUUGUCGCAACUUACUGCGACGCAGAAUCACUUGCUAGAUAUUAUAAUCAUAUGAGUAUAAGGGGAAGAAAAAAAAAUGUAAUCUCUGCCCACAUAUGUGCAAAGAGUGUUUGCGUGAGAGAGUGACUUACUUAAUAUCGACUUUAUCAUUAUAUUAGAGAGUUGCACCACUUUUAGGUCUGCCAUAUUGUACAUGUAACGAUUAAGAACGAUAUCAAGUUGCACGCGUUAUAUAACUCCUGUAUAGUCAUUCAUGUGUCAAAUGUUAUACUCGUUCUUUCGACAGAUAUUUUUUGAAUUUUUGUCCGAGGAGUGUACCGUGUACCGUGUACCGAUAGCUUGGUCCUUCGUGUAUAUAUAAGCGUUGAAAAGUAUACACGCACAUAUUUAAGAGUGAUCUGAAAUCUACUUAAGUUCUCAACGUAAAAAAAAAAGUAUAUCCGAUAUAUAUUUUAUUAUUGUACGUAAAUAAUUGAUUUAACGAAAUAUUUUGAAUAUCAUUGUCCUCUAUUAAGUGCGAUUAUAAUGUACGAAUUAUAUACGCGCAUUCGCAAGCGUGGAUUAUACACAGAACAGAUAUGUAUACUCUUUAUGUAUAUGCUGUCUAAUAUAUAUAUGAGCGUGGGAACGUAAAUUAUUACACAUGUAUACACAUAAUGUAUUAUACAUAUGCACUGACUCAGUUGAACAUCUGGACGGUAUAAAUAAAUACCGCUGUGGUUUACUUCUGCGUUAAACGACGAUAUGUCUCUGUUAAAAUUUCAAAACGAGAAUCCAUUUAAUAUUUGCUUGUGCCAGAAAGAGUAAGUAAUUCAUGUGGCUUAUAUAAUAUUAUUACAGAUGCUUUAUCAAUUUUAUAAAUAAGCUAUACAUACACUGCAUCCGACCUUUGAUAAUAUUAUAUUCAAUAAUUUUAAUUCUUACCACCGCAGAGGUAGACGCCAUCGUGAUUUAUUUACACCCUGUUAUCGUAUUUAUAAAUGUAUACAGAUAAGUUGCAUAAGAAAUUAUGUAUGUGCAAGCAAUCUUGUUAGAUCUUAUGGUACGCGAAUUUACAUUUAUUAUUCUAUAUAGUUAUAUAGUUUUUUGCCGAAAUUUAUUGUAUAUGAUAAUUUUUUAGUUUCAUAUUUUAUUUUAAUGUUGAUAUAUGUGCAGGAUAUGUGGCAAUAUUAAUGUGUAAGUGACAAUGAAAAGCAAUUCUAUUUUCUGAAAUCUCGGAAAGAUCUGAUUAUGAAUUAUAGUGUACCGUACGCUACCUACUUAUGGGAGAAAAAAUUACAAUUUACAAUGAAAGUGCAAAUAAAAUAGUUCAUACAAACAUGUAUAAAUACUAUGAUAAACGGUAAUAAAAAUAUUUUUUCAAUACUCGACACUUCCUUGACACUUGAAGGGAAUGGCGAAUAUAACGUUUACCAAUGUUCAUGCGUAUUUUACUAGCUGUCGAAAAGUAAAUGGACAUUUCAUACACAAAAUACACCGGAAUAUGUACGUUAAUUUUAUUUCACUAUUAAAAACGACGUUUUUCUACGUGCAAAAAA